CCGUACUCGAUAUCCGGCUUAUAUCCGUAUUUGUUGACCUAUCUUAAUCAUGUAGGCGCAAUAUUUUACGGGGUAUUACUGAACGUCUCGUUCGACUCCCUCGUCUACGGCUUCACCCUUCACGUCUGCGGGCAGAUCGAGCUGCUGUGCUAUCGAUUGUCGGAAACGUUCCGAUUUCUUCAGAGGAAUAACAAAGAGAAGAAGCACGCCGACAUUGAGAAAUUCGCUAUCGCGGAAUGCGUGAGGCAUCAUGUUUCGGUGUGGAACAUCACACACAGGAUACAGUCGUUAUUUAUGUGGAUUAUCGCCACUUUGUUCUUCUUCAGCCUUAUCACUCUCUGCAGCAGCAUCUAUCAGAUGUCUAAC